AUGACAAUCAUAAACGGUUUAAAUUAGUGUUACAUAACGCAUUAUCUCAGCGUUAAAGUGCAAACUUAUUUCUUUACAGAUGACAUUUUAAUGAACCAACUAAAUCACUGUUCUAACCAAUGAUACACUCGAGGACUAAAUGAACACGGAUUUGGAAAAAAAGUGCGGCAUUCUAGGAUGUACUCUUAUGUAACCAACCAAAAAAAAUGUUGCACAAGAGAUGAUCAUUCCAAACUUAGAUUCGGGUAUUUAAAUGCCUGCGGCAGAUGAUUCAAACAUAUACUACAUGUAUUGCAAAGUUAGCAGUAAAGAGUCAGCUCGAAAAUAUAAAGCAUUGACGUUUAUUAAAAGGAUCUUUGACAAAGAAACUUCUACAAUUGUUCUGCAUACAGAUACAUCAGCUAUUCAAAAGCUGUCAAAGUAGUGGAGACAAUGGGAAUACAUCUGGUGUUAGUUUUAAUGAUCUGUCUUAUUAAUGGAACGGCUUUACUGCAAGGGGUUGAUGUUCACUUACAGGCGGAUAACCACAAUAAUGGACAUCCAAACCAUCACAAAAUAACGUUGAAACACUUCUCCGAACACACUUUAUGCAAUAAUAUUCGGGGAAAGGUAAUGUUUCUAACGGCCCUGGAUGACUACUUUCACAAUAUAUCGGAAACAACGCGGAUAAACUUUAUCUUUGAUCUGUGUGCAAGACGGGGUGAUAUGCUGAUUAAGUGGGUGAAGGAAGUGUUCGACAAAGACGGUGAUAGUUCCAUAUCGCAUUUCGAACGGAUAUACUACGAAAACAGACGAUGAUAGAGAAAGGGCGCAUUGGGGAUCACCAAUCAAACGACUUAUAUAAUUGAAAAGAACGUGGAAAGUAGAAACAUAUUGCACUUACCUGUACACCUUCAUAGAUGCCAACAAUUCUUGAUUUGUAGCCAGUACACAAUUGUCAAACAAACACUCGGUUGACCAUUAAAACAAUUAUUAUUGGUUUUCGCACAUCUUUGCACUAACUAUUCAAAAUAUUGAUAAUCCUAAAUAAAAUAAAACAAAAGUG